AGCAAGCUUCAUAUUCGAAGCAUUCUCUGUCGUACUCUGUCGGACUAUCACAGGCUGUACUAUCGUUGUCGAAUUUCUUUUUUAAUUUGACUUAAAAUGGAGGACACGACAAAUAAUAGUGGAAAUACAACAGUUGAAAAUAACACCGAGAACGUGAAGCCUACUCCUAAAAAGGCUACUAAAGCGAAAACGAAAGCGCAACGGCCGAAAUCCACACAUCCUCCAACCUCUGAGAUGGUUACUGCUGCCAUUAAAGAGUUAAAGGAUCGUAAGGGCUCGUCGUUACAAGCUAUUAAGAAGUAUAUCGUUGCUACAUAUAAAGUUGAUGGUGAAAAAGUUACACCGUUUAUAAAACGGUAUUUAAAAACUGCAGUAUCUUCUGGUUCUGUAGUACAAACUAAGGGAAAAGGUGCAUCAGGGUCAUUUAAACUUUCAACUGUCAAAAGUGGAACCACCAAGUCCAAACCUCAACGAUCUCCUAAAGAGAAGAAAGCUACAGAUAAAUCUGUCGAGAAAAAGAAUGCUGUAGCAAAUAAACCGGCUAGUAAUAGCAAGAAAGCUAAAGCGCCGAAGAAGACUGAAACUGCAAAGAAACCUGCAGAUCAAAAGAAACCUAAAGCAGCAUCAUCUCCUAAAACUGCUGCCAAAGCUGGUGUUAAAACUGCUGCUGCUGCUGCUACUGCCGCUGCUGCAGCUACAGCUGAAAAGAAAACCACGAAAAAGACGACCCAAGCGAAAACAAUAUCAAAAACUAGGAAAACUGCAAAAGCACCAGCUGCCAAAACUAGAACUCCAAAACCAAAAAAAGCUACGACUAACAAGGCCACUGCUAAAAAAUAAUUAUUUCAGAUAUAAAUACACAAAUGGCCCUUUUCAGGGCCACAAA